AUGCUUACUUCGACUCAGCCUCAUUCUCAUAUUCUGGGGAGCACGCGGCGUAUCUCACUCACUGGAGUUCCCUCGCCUCGAUUUGACCGGCGUGCGUCCCAUGGUGCCGCGCCUGUCAAUCUGCCUGUCAAGCAAAGGGUUCCGCCGCAAUCAUGGGAUAGCCAUAUGCAUGUCGUGGAGCCGCAGCGGUUUCCUAUUUCCAAGUCUGCUGUAUAUGAGCCCUCUGUUCACACCCUCGAAGAUGCCUUGACCUUCGAGUCUACUCUUGGUGUUGAGAACCUCGUCUUCGUUCAGCCUUCCAUCUACGGGACCGACAACUCUUGCUUGUUGGCCGCCCUCGCCAAGCUUGGCCCUGCCCGAGGCCGAGGAGUUGUGGUCGUUGACCCUGAUACGAUUGAGCAGGAGACAUUGGACGAGUGGCACGCUCUGGGAGUUCGUGGUCUUCGAGUCAAUCUGCAGUCUGUGGGCAAGGUCAUGGAGCAGAGCGAGCUGGAGGCCACAUUAUUCCGCCACGCAAAGAUAGCCCGACCCCGUAAUUGGAUUAUUGAGGUCUACGUGCCUCUAAAAAUGAUCCCUAUGCUUGAGUCGAUUGUGCCUCGCCUGGGUGUUACCGUCUGCAUCGAUCACUUUGGCAGCCCCGAGCUCCCUGCCAUCUCCUUGUGCAAGGAAAACCUGCCCUUCGACCCGUAUACGCUUCCUGGUUUCCACUCCCUAAUCUCCCUCAUUCGCACGGGGAGCACCUACAUCAAGGUGUCCGCUCCCUACCGCCUGACCAAAGAUAACGGCAUGCGUGACCUGAAGGCCAUGGCCCGAGAGUUCCUGUCUGCCGCCCCAGACCGAGUUAUCUACGCCACCGACUGGCCCCAUACUCGCUUCACCGGUGUCGAUAUCAGCCCGUUUACAGAGUGGUGCCUGGACCUUUGUACACACGAACCUGGACUUGCAGAUAAGCUUUUUCGGAGGAACACUGAGCGCAUGUUGGGAGCGGACUCCGUCUGA